AUGCCGAAAGGGACGGGAGAAGGCCUACAUAUCUUACCAGAAACGCUCCAUGUCGGCCUCAAACUCAAAGACCUCAGGAAAAGAGACAUCCAACUGCUCCAAAAGAAGCGCCGACUGUUAAAAGAGACACCUUUCGAUAUCCCAGACGACAUGAAACGAAAAGGCCUGACUUCAUCAGUCAUGGCAACUUUGGUGUUUGCUCAGGAGGAGGCGGGCACGGCGGUCUGCAUCUCACCCGACGGCAUCCUCCUCACCUGCUCCCACUGCAUCGCCGAGACUCUGGAAGACUUUGACGACUCCAAAAGCCACUGGCUCCUCUUCGCCUCAGGCCAAGUAGUCGAAGCCAAAGCUCUUGCAUGGGAGGCAAAACGAGACCUGGCCCUUUUGAAAAUCACCUCGGCCCAACAACCUCCACCAUCUUCGGGACAGUCACCAUCAUCAUCACCAUCGCCAUCCCUGACAGCACCAUUCCCCUUCGUAACCCUCUCGACGGCGCCGCCCGCUCUCAAGGCCCGCCUCAUCUGCAUCGGCCACCCGGGCAGUGAGGACUUCGAGGCCGCCCUCCCGGGCACGAAGACGGACUACGACGUCCUCCACCUCAGCACCGGCACGUUCAGGGGCUGCGCCGAGGACCAGGACCCGCAGGACAACUCGGAGAUCGGUGCGCUCAUGCAUACUUGCUGGACGUAUUGGGGUCACAGCGGGGCGCCGCUGGUCGACAGGAGGAUGGGGACGCUCGUAGGGCUACAUUCGUCGUGGGAUGACGAGACGGGGAUGCGGAGGGGCGUGGCGUGGGAGGCUAUUUCUGGGUUUCUGGAAGAAAAUAAGCGGUAUUUAUGA